AAACAAGAGGAGGGCCACAUGAAAGAAGAGAGGAGAGCCCAUUUGUUGGUCGGUCCCACUCUCUCAACAGCAGGGGAAGCGGGCGGCAGCAGGGAGCAGGCUCCCGGGAAUCCAAUGGCCAUGACCCAGUCGUCCUUCGCUCGCCGCCCACCCCCCUCCGCGGCGCUCACCUCUCCCUCCUCCUCCUCCUCCUGGUCUCCCCCGAGGCACGGGCCGCGCCGCCGCCGGGCCCUCACGGCCGCGUCCUCCCUCCAUUUCCGGCCGGAGGACGUCGCCGAGCUUGCGCACAACAAGGUCUUGAUUGCGGCGACGGUGGCCGGUGUGAUCGGGCAGCUGGCCAAGCCCUUCACUUCCGGCAGGGGUGGGGGCAAAAUCGACAUCGUCAGGGUCGCCGCCCAGUCAGGGGGGAUGCCCUCCACUCACUCAGCGGCAGUUGUGGCAGUGACUACUUCGCUUGCGCUAGAAAGGGGGUUUGCUGACUCCAUAUUCGGGAUGUCGGUGGUAUUUGCGUCAAUUGUAAUGUAUGAUGCUCAGGGAGUCAGAAGAGAGGUGGGCAAGCACGCAAGGCUUUUGAACAAGCUAUGGACCCUACGGGAGCAUACGACGACUCAAGUUCAGGAGGACGGUGGUGGCCAGGUGAAUUCCACCUCUGAACCCCUCCCUGCAAACCGCGAGAUGGCCACGGAGCUUGUCUCCGUUCCUCGGGACGCAUCUAUGUCGCAGUGUUCAAACGCCGCGCCUUCCUCGACGCGCACGGAUGCGACCAGAUCGCCGAGAUGGAACUCCCUCCAAAGCUCAGAGCCAGAGCUAACUGAGUUGACAGAGGAGUAUAACCGGCUGAGCGAGUCCGUCGGCCACACGGAAGCGCAGGUCACGGUCGGUGCCUUGCUAGGCUUUGUUGUAAGCUUAGCCGUCCACGCGACACUGUAACAACAACCACUUCCGUUAUUCUUUUGUUACAACAUUGACCACAUGUAUGGUAGUUCUUUACGUGAAGAAACAACACAAUUGGUGGAUUGAUUGCUACCACCACUAUA